AAUAGCGAUCUGCAUGCAUGCAUGCACGCGUUUGAUGUUUUUUUUUGCGCAAAAUUUGAUAAUCACGACCACAUUAAGAAUUUCAAGUAAAAUAUCCAUCUCGGAAAAUUGAUUUGUGAAGAAUGCCAAAGUUGUAUAAAGUCAAUUUCGAGUAUACAAGUAAUACAACGAUUCAAUUACAUAACAAUGGUUUGUUUUAACUUAUUGCGAUCUUGCGUGUGAGGUCAAAUGCGCAUUUCAAGUGGCGAUUAUAACACAAAAACACACAAAGACCAGAUGGCCUCAUGAACCUAUGAUACAGCUGUUGUUUCUUCUAGUUUUUUACUCUGUUGCAUCGUUAGGCAACAUACGAAGGAACUACAAUUAUUGUAUUUGUAAAAACACCUGUUAAAGAUUAGCGUAAAGUAAUAAAAAAAAUACAAAAUUGCAUGGAAAUUUCAGGGGUUUUUUCACGUUAGUUACGUAAUAUCCUCGACUAGUUUCCAAGCAACUGGAAUUGAAAAAUGAGAAGCCUGUUCCUUUGCUCAGCGGAGUAGCAACAAAAACCAAUAUGGCGGAAGAUUCAUUCCGACGUCUGCUUGUUGUUGUUUGUGAUUUAAACCCGAUUUGGUGGGGGAAAGAAUCGACAAAUGUGUCCGGAAAUUCAGAUCAAGUACAACCGAUCAAUGCAUUUCUUAACAACGUUCUGGUCUUCUGCAAUGCAUAUCUCAUGAUGAAACACACCAAUGAGGUGGCCAUUCUUGGUGCAACUUCGUUUAAAAGCCAAUAUAUUUAUCCAAGUUCAGAAGACAGUGAGCAAGUGGUUGAACAAAACCAUGAAAAAAAUGAUGGGAAAUAUGAACAUUUUGCUGCAAUGAACAAUGAUGUAGUGAACAGAGUUAAAAAACUUAUUGAAGAAGAAGGUUCCAAUGAUGUAAAUGUAUCUGAGAAUUCUGCAACACUGUUGGCGGGUGCUCUUUCGAUGGCUCUCUGCUAUAUCAAACAAGCUGAACGAAAUUGUCCAGUUGGUCAAAGUUUGAAGGCACGGUUAUUGGUGCUCAAAGGAUCACCAGAUUUUUCAACGCAAUAUAUGGCAACAAUGAACUGCAUUUUUGCGGCUCAGAAAAAUAACAUCACCAUUGAUUCAUGUCUGCUAAAGUCAGACUCAGGAUUUCUACAACAGGCGUCUGACAUAACAGGUGGCGUGUACUUCAAAGUGAUGAAAAUGGAAUCACUUCUGCAGUAUUUAUUAUGGAUGUUCCUGCCUGAUUCGAGCACGAGAGAGGGCUUAGUUAUGCCUAAAGCAGUUCAAAUAGAUUACAGAGCUGCUUGCUUUUGUCAUCGAACCCUGGUCAACAUUGGUUUUGUUUGCUCUGUUUGUCUUUCAAUUUAUUGUCAAUUGCUUCCACGCUGUCACACUUGCCAAACAAGAUUCAAGCUUCCUUCAGCUGCUAUGGCAAGGCCAAAGAAGAAGAAAAAAUAAAAAAACACAGAAAAGCCUAAAUCAAAGA